AUGCUGAAAAUAUUGUGCGGUUUUCUACUAGUUGCCGUCGUUGAUGGCUCAUUUUCGCCAUGCUUCAAAACGAUGAAUCGAUUCGAUGCGUUGAAAUGCACUAGGAUGGGCUACUACGAGAAGAUCCAGUGCAAUUCGGAGUCAUGCUUCUGCGUGAACGCACACAAUGGAAAUAUGGCAUAUGACACGAGAACGACGAGCAAUAAGAUGCAGCCGAAAUGCGGCAAAUGUUUGAACGAUUUGGAGAAAUUGUUCGCGAAUGGCGACCUCGAAAACGGGACAUUUGUGCCGAAAUGCGACACCGUCGAUGGCGAUUUCGAUCUCGUCCAAUGCGACGCCAACAAGGAUCAAUGCAAUUGUGUGGAUCCGAAGACGGGAUCCGUCAUCAAAGGAACUCGGAAGAAGCUCAACGGCACCACAACCAUGACGUGCGAUGGCAUCGAGCUCACCAUCGACGUUGUCUACUUUCGAACGUUCCCCGAGAAUCUGCCCUACGAUUACACAACUUCUGAUGAUCCGUGUCAGUUCAAUCGAGACGCGGGCUUCAGCUGCGGGAGCAAUAAGAGCUCGAUCAAAUAUUGGUUCGACAAGACCUCAUUCCAUUGCCUUCCAUUCGAGUACAAAGGAUGCGGCGGGAAUGCGAAUCGUCACGAAUCGUAUGGCGAAUGCGAGUCGUCUUGUAUUCCAGUCGAUUACUCGUCAUGCGCCAUGGCGUCACGACCGGCGAUGAAGACCACCGACGCUAUCUUCAUCUGUCCACCGCAUCCGUCGCCAAAUGGCAUCGAGCCGGCGAAGACCAUCAAAAAGCCGAAAAUGAAUUCGGAGAGUUGCCCAAUCGGCUAUAUGUGUCUGACGGGAGUAUUCUUCGGCCAGUGUUGCGACGAGAAGCUGCAAAAUCUAUUCCUCUCCGAGCUCAAUCCGAAAUGCGAAGGCGACCGAGAAUUGCACACGGUGGCCGACGGCAACUACGCGAAGAUCGUCGUCGGCAAGACGUGCUCCGACAAUUUUUGCCCGAAGCAUUUCAAAUGCCACCACGGAAAACUGUUCGCCUAUUGUUGCUACUACGAGAAGAUCCAGUGCAAUUCGGAGUCAUGCUUCUGCGUGAACGCACACAAUGGAAAUAUGGCAUAUGACACGAGAACGACGAGCAAUAAGAUGCAGCCGAAAUGCGGCAAAUGUUUGAACGAUUUGGAGAAAUUGUUCGCGAAUGGCGACCUCGAAAACGGGACAUUUGUGCCGAAAUGCGACACCGUCGAUGGCGAUUUCGAUCUCGUCCAAUGCGACGCCAACAAGGAUCAAUGCAAUUGUGUGGAUCCGAAGACGGGAUCCGUCAUCAAGGGAACUCAGAAGAAGCUCAACGGCACAAAGACAAUGACGUGCGAUGGCAUCGAGUUCACGGUAGAUCCGGUAUAUUUCCGGACGUUUCCCGAUUUCAUGAUCACUUUCGAUCUAGUCUAUCUCGAGAAUUGCGGUUUCAAUCGAGACGCGGGCUUCAGCUGCGGGAGCAAUAAGAGCUCGAUCAAAUAUUGGUUCGACAAGACCUCAUUCCAUUGCCUUCCAUUCGAGUACAAAGGAUGCGGCGGGAAUGCGAAUCGGUUCGACUCAUCUGGCGCGUGCUACGAGUCAUUGGAUUACUCAUCGUGCGCCAUGCAAUCGCGCGCCGCCGCAGAGAACAACGAAGGCCAAUUCCAGUGUUCGCAGUUCCAGCAGACGUUCCCACCAGGAUUCGUGCCACCGAAGACGCCGAAGAAGCCGAAGAUGAACGCCGAAGGCUGCCCAGUCGGCUAUACGUGUGUCGGCGGCGCCUUCUUCAACACAUGCUGUGAGGAGAAGCUUCAAAAGCUCUACUACAAAGAGACGCGACCUGAAUGCCCCAAGGGUCAGAAGAUCUAUGAGACGAAGGUCGACGAUUUCACGAGCAGUGUUAUCGGCAAAUCGUGCUCGGACAACUUCUGCCCCAAAGACUAUAAAUGUGUCGCCGGCGAGCUAUUCGCGUAUUGCUGUAAAUAA